GCCCGCGUCUUUUUGUCCAGUCGAGAAAAGGGAAGGGUGUUUUGCACGUCGCCGUCGGCGAAGAUGGAAUCCGCGGGACAAUGGCUGGAGAAAGCGCUGAUCGAUUUGUGCCAGAGAGUGGAGACCGGUUUGGAGUUGGACAGAGAUAUCAUCUCCGGCUUGGUCUCCUAUUGUGAACUAGCCCAGCCUCUCGACGCCAAAGAAUAUCUCGAUAAUAUAGUCGGGCAGGAAGCUGGCAAGAAUGUGAUCGAUGAGUAUUUGCGGCUUAGAGGCCAAGAAGCCCUCAACUGUAUCUAACAAUGGUGCUGGAUCUAGUAGCAGUCACCAGGCUGAGCCAAAGAAGGCCGAGCUGAAAAAGAACGCUACUUCUAACAAUAGUCAAGCAAACAGCAACCAACAGAGUAAUUCCAGGAAGAAGAAAUCGGGGAAGGUGGUAUCACUCGCAGAGGCUGCGAAAGGGUCGAUCGUGUUCCAACAGGGCAAGCCGUGUGCUUGUCAAGCCCGCCAGCAUAAACUGGUGAGCAAUUGUCUGUCUUGUGGCAAGAUUGUCUGUGAGCAAGAAGGAGAAGGACCUUGUAGCUUUUGUGGUGCCCUUGUGCUUAUGGAGGGGAGUUCAUAUGCUGGUCUAGAGGGAAUUUCUGCUCCAGUGAACAAUGCUGAAGCAUCGGCUGAAGCAUAUGCGAAGAGGCUUGUUGACUAUGAUCGGAAUGCUGCUGCACGUACCACUGUCAUUGAUGAUCAAAGUGAUUACUAUGAGAUUGAAGGCAAUAACUGGCUAUCAAAGGAGGAAAAGGAGCUUUUGAUGAAGAGACAAGAGGAGGUAGAAGCUGCAGAGCGUGCCAAGCGAAAUAAAGUGGUUGUGACAUUUGAUUUGGUUGGUCGCAAGGUAUCUCAAUUAUUCUUGAACAUGUCAUCUGUUCAUAUUGUGUUACAAGUCAUAAUCUCAUUGCUUGACACCAUGGAGUUUGCAUUCUCUAGGUCAUGGUGAACGAGGAUGAAGUUCCGGAGAUGGAAUCAGGUAGCAGCAUACUAAGACCACCAGAUGGAAAAGAAAGAGAAUUGAACCGGAUUAAACCGAACCCAAACCUUAAAAUACAGCCAAUCUUCUUGGAUCCAGGCCCUAGCAGCAGUAAAAAGCCUACCAAGAAGAACAAGAAACAAAUUAAAGGUGCUGGUCCCGCUGGCAUUUGCUUAGAGAUCACCGGCAGAGUGCAGCACGAAAGCAAAGACGUGAAGCACUUGAUGAUGGACAACCAGAUGAUGGAACCCACUCCUCAUGGGAAACAAUGGCAUGCUCCGGCAGUGGGAUCAAGUGCGCCUGUCGAAGAUGAUGGUGCAUGUUCUGUUGGCUAUUACUAGACAUUUGUCGUGUCGCCGUAUUUCAACUACUUUUUUUGUGUUAAGCUAUUUAGCCAGAAGAAAGUAUCAGUGAACAGAUAUAAUUUACAAGUGACCAGUUUUCCAUACACCGUCGUUUGUUUCGACAUGUUUCAUCCAGGGCUAUUAUUUGCUGUGAAAAGAAUGUUGUGUUGAAGAAUCUAUUGAGUCAAAAUGGAGCUUAUGCCUGCUUCUUUGGGAUCUUUCUGGCUCACAAUUAUGGUCCUUUCAUGCAGAACCUCAUUCCAUCUUUCUGUCUCAGCAAAUACAUUAGCACAAAGAACACGAUCCUCAGUGGCCAUGACGCUCGACUUAUUUGCUUCCAUGAGCUUAUCCACUGAACUCAAACCGAGUCUACUAUCACCAUGAACCCUGCAGGCAUUUACAAGCAUCCUCCAAACAACUCCAUUCGGCUCCAUGGACAUCUUCUCCAUGAACCUCUUGGCUUCUUCCAGCAUUCCUGCUCGAGCAAGCAUAUCAACGAUGCAGCCGUAGUGCUCAAUUUUUGGUUCAAUAUCAUAACACUCAAUCAUCAUCGUAUACAUCUUCUUGCCCACAUCUACCAGGCCAGAAUGGUCACACGCUGAUAGAACCCCAAUGAACGUCACACAAUUUGGGUUGAUUCCUUCAGCACGCAUAUGGCUGAAAGCAAGGAGUGCUUCUUCACCUUCGCCAUUAAUGGCAUGACCUACAAUGAGCGUCGUCCAAGAUAUCACGUCCUUUUGGGGCAUUUUGUCAAACACUAAUCGAGCUCGAUCCAUGAUCCCGCAUUUUGCAUACAUGUCAAUCAGAGCAUUUUGCAAGACAAGGCUUUUACCGAGAUGAUCAAUGGCGUCAAUAUACAAGUGAAUCUCAAUGCCACGACUCAGUUGUCCAGAAUUACGACAUGCAGAGAUUAGUCCCAGCAUUGUUACCUCAUCCGCCCUGACCAUCCUUCUGGAUUUCAUAGAAUCAAAUAGGGCCAAAGCUUCACUGUUUUGCCCCCUUUCGACACACCCGUGAAUCAUCGAGUUCCAGGAGGCGACAUUUUCGUCUGGCAGCUUGCGAAAGAUUCUCCUAGCGUAUUCCAUGAAACCACAUUUUGAGUACAUGUUAAUGAACACAGUACCUACAGAGAGACUGAGACUGGUAUCUGCUCCAGUUGCUACUACCACAUGCCCAUGAACCAUCUUCCCCCUCACAAGAUCUCUACCAUUAGCACAGGCCAAUGCUAAGUUAACCAAUGAAACCCUGUCGUAACCUGCAUAUCCAUUUCUCAUUUCUCUAAACAAAGCGAAAGCCUGUCCCAAAUUACCACCGUUCUUUGCAUACCCUGCAAUCAUGGUGUUCCACGAAACCAAAUCCUUGUUCAACAUAUUGCUAAACAACCUCACUGCAUCAUUCAUGAAUCCGAAUUUUGC